CAGUCUGACUCUGGCAAUUCUGAGUGUCUCCUGUUGCACAAACCAGGAGGGACCGCCUGGGACCCUGUAUCUUUCUCACAUUCUUGGAAAAGUAGCUUAGUCCUUUCACAAGAUGUCAUAAUGUAGUAAGUCCUAGCUCUGGACAUCACUGAUAGAGAAGAGAAAGAAAAUCUGGAAAGGGAAAAGGGGUCAAACGUUUACAGUCAAAACUUGAUUCCUUUGAACUUCGGCCAGCAGAGUAGAACUGCAAGUCCCGGCGAGCCCCGCGCGGCUGAGGCAGGGACUACGUUUCCCAGCGGGCGCCGCGGUAGGCCUCCGGGGGCGGUCCGCAGGGGGCGGGUGCUGCCCUCUGCCGGGCGCAGCGGGAAGUGGGCGCGGAGUGACAGCCGGAGCCCGAGCGCCGGGCGCGGGGCUAGGUGACAGCGGAGGCGGCAGCUGCGGGCGGGACGCAGAGAACGGCGACGGCGCCGACGGCGGCGGGAAGGACGGACGGGGCGGGCCUGGCUGGUUGCGCGUAGCCCGAGGAGCCCGAGAGCGGGCGGCGGGCGAAGAUCGGGGGCCCGGCACCCGAACUUGGGACAAGUUACCGGAACCACAGGGCGCCGGCGGCGGACAGAUUGACCUUCAAAGCGAGGGAGCCCGAGCCAGCAACCGCCAUGGCGUCACGCAUCGGGCUGCGCAUGCAGCUCAUGCGGGAGCAGGCGCAGCAGGAGGAGCAGCGAGAGCGCAUGCAGCAGCAAGCCGUCAUGCAUUACAUGCAGCAGCAACAGCAGCAGCAGCCGCAGCCGCAGCUGGGAGGACCACCUACCCCAGCCAUCAACACCCCAGUUCACUUCCAGUCGCCACCACCUGUGCCUGGGGAAGUGUUGAAGGUGCAGUCCUACCUGGAGAACCCCACCUCCUACCACCUGCAGCAGUCCCAGCACCAGAAGGUUCGCGAGUACCUAUCUGAGACCUACGGGAACAAGUUUGCGGCCCACAUCAGCCCAGCCCAAGGCUCCCCGAAACCCCCACCAGCAGCAUCCCCUGGGGUGCGGGCUGGACAUGUACUGUCCACCUCAGCCAGCAACAGUGCCCCCAACAGUCCCAUGGCCAUGCUGCACAUCAGCUCCAACCCUGAGAAGGAGUUUGACGAUGUCAUCGACAACAUUAUGCGCCUGGACAAUGUGCUGGGCUACAUCAACCCUGAGAUGCAGAUGCCAAACACGCUACCCUUGUCCAGCAGCCACCUGAAUGUGUACAGCGGCGACCCCCAGGUCACAGCCUCCCUGGUAGGUGUCACCAGCAGCUCCUGCCCUGCUGACCUGACCCAGAAGCGAGAGCUCACAGAUGCUGAGAGCCGGGCCCUGGCCAAGGAACGGCAGAAGAAAGACAACCAUAACCUAAUUGAGAGGAGACGCAGGUUCAACAUCAAUGACCGCAUCAAGGAGCUGGGAAUGCUGAUCCCCAAGGCCAAUGACCUGGACGUGCGCUGGAACAAGGGGACCAUCCUCAAGGCCUCUGUGGAUUACAUCCGGAGGAUGCAGAAGGAUCUGCAGAAAUCCCGGGAGCUGGAGAACCACUCCCGGCGCCUGGAGAUGACCAACAAGCAGCUCUGGCUUCGCAUCCAGGAGCUGGAGAUGCAGGCGCGAGUCCACGGCCUGCCCACCACCUCGCCGUCCGGUGUGAACAUGGCUGAGCUGGCCCAGCAGGUGGUGAAGCAGGAGCUGCCCGGUGAAGAUUGCCCUGGGGAGGUUCUGAUGCUGGGGCCUGAGGUCCCUGACCCUGAGCCGAUGCCGGCUCUACCUCCCCAGGCCCCGCUGCCCCCGGCCGCCCAGCCUCAGUCUCCUUUUCAUCACCUGGACUUCAGCCACAGCCUGAGCUUUGGGGGUGGGGGUGAUGAGGGGCCCACAGGCUACCAUGAUCCCCUGGGGACAGAGCAUGGCUCCCCGUUCCCCAACCUGUCCAAGAAGGAUCUGGACUUGAUGCUCCUAGAUGACUCCCUGCUGCCCCUGGCCUCCGACCCCCUCUUUUCCACCAUGUCCCCUGAGGCCUCCAAGGCCAGCAGCCGGCGGAGCAGCUUCAGCAUGGAGGAGGGCGAUGUUCUGUGACGCUGGCUGCCCCUGUGCCAAGGAGCAGGGGCUGCCUGGGGGCUGGGAGGACAGGGCAGAGCCCUCCCAUCCUUCAGGCUGCACUUGGUGUGAAGUAGCCGCCUCUACCCUGCCUCUCCUUCCCUGUGGUUGGCCCGUUUGGACUUAGUGCCUGCCUGGCAGCCGAUGGGCUGGAGAAGCCCUCCCCUUCGGCUUAGGGCCCCUCCUCUGGGGGCAGAAUUGUGAUGGGGAAGACCAUGGGUGGGGUGAAUGAGGGAUAAGAAGAAACCCUGGUAGGGGAGCCCUCUCUUCUGAGCCUGGGCCCCUCCAUGAAGGACAUUUUGGAGAAGGAGGUAUAAGAAGUACCUCUGAGGCAGCAGCUGGUCUGGGGGUGCCCGGGCCUGCCUUCCUGGGACUAGAUGGUGCCCAGCCUGUCGCCCAGCCUGAUACUUCCCCCACAGGUGGGGCACCCACCCCCCUUUGGUGCUAACAGCUCUCCCCUGGUGGUAUGAGGGUGGGGUGGCCAGAAGAGGAGUCUGGGCUCAGGGUGGAGAGCACCCCCGCCCCCGGACCUCCCACUUUGUGCCUUUAGUAAACACUGUGCUUUGUA